CCGGCCAACCCCCACCGACCACCGCUGAAACACACACCACCACCACCACCAACACACACUCUCUCUCUCUCUCUCGCAGGCAAGCAGGCAGUGGGACGCCUAUCUUCAGGCGCUGCAGAGAGCCUGCUGAGAGCUGAUUUGGGACUAGACUACUGCAGGACAAGCCACGCGAUACGACUCUUCACACAGCACUGAGCUCCUCGUCCUCCUCUCGGCAGCAGAAGGCGUGUGGGCGGACUAUUCCUGGCGUCCGAGCCCUGAGGCCCCUCAGUUGUGGUCAGCUGGUCAUUCCGUGGCUGGAGGUCGAAGAGUCAGUCAAAGACCCAGAGUUCAAAGGUCAAAGGUCACAGGUGGCGAGCGACAGCACAGCGGGGAGGUUCAGGAUGAGCGGCCGGUCCAUGUGUGCCCUCGUCCUCCUCUUGCUGGGGGUCAGCGGGAGCUCAGCACAGCAAGGAGCAUGGAGGAGGGAUAUUCUCUCACCACGGGGACCCUAUGUGGAAGAUCUGGAGGAGUAUGAGUGGACCACCUGGUUCAACGUGGACCACCCGGGGGGGCGCGGCGACUACGAGCAGCUGGAGGCGAUCCGCUUCUACUACCGGGCCCGCGUGUGUGCGGUGCCGGAGGCCAUCGAGGCCCGCACCACCAACUGGGUCCCCGCCGCCAGCACCGGCGAGAUCGUGCACACCGACAAGGCCAUCGGGUUUUGGUGCAUCAACGACGAGCAGCCCGCCGGGAAGAACUGCUCCAACUACGCGGUGCGGUUCCUGUGUACCAGAGAUGUGAGGGCGUCAGCUAAGCCCUCCUGGGGCCCCUGGUCCGACUGGUCUGCGUGUCCAGCCAACUGUGGAGAGGUGGCCGUGCAGAAGCGCUCCAGGACAUGCAGCUCCAGGUCCAACCACAGGGGGCAGCAGUGCAGCGGCCCAGCCGUGGAGGGCAGAAUGUGCCAGGGACCGGAUUGCUCAGGAUGUAAUCUGCAGUGCAGCAUGGGUCGUGUGAACGCCGAGUGUUACGCCUGCACGUGUGCGGACCACACGCUGCUCGGUACCGUGCGCAGCACCGGCGGACUACCCGCCCCGGGAGCGGCCAUCUUGAGGUCCGGCGCCGGUUCCGCUCCGACACUCCGUUCCGAUUCCAGUUCCGGAGCGCUGGCGAAGGAGCCCCGGCUGCUGACCGUGUCGGACCACAACGGACACUUCCGCAUCCUGGGGAUGUGUCCCGACGGAAACUCCUCCCUCACCAUACGGCUGGCCAAUCACGCGCCUCUGGACGUUACCGUGCCGACGAGCACCGAGCACACGUCCGUGCUGCACGUGAAGUUGGAGAGAGCAAAGAAGCCGAUCGUGAUGAAGAACCCGGAGUCGAAGGCCCGUAGGGAGGGCCAGACCACGGCCUUCUGCUGCAAAGUGAGCGGAGCACCGGAACCCACUGACUUCCAAUGGUACCACAAUGGCUCCCUGUUGGACAGCAGUGUUGUGAGCUACGACAGCACCUUGGUGCUGAGGAACCUGAGGAUGGACCAAGCCGGAGAAUACUACUGUAGAGCCAGCGGACCGGCCGGCGCCGUCAAGUCCAAACCAGCCACCCUCACCGUCAUAGGUCAGGAGGAGGCGUCGUGUGAACCGAAUCCCGAGUCUCACCUGAUCCGGCUCCCCCAUGACUGCUAUCAGAACCAGACCGACUCCUUCUACUACGACGUGGGCAGGUGCCCCGUCUCCACCUGCGUGGGCCAACUGGACAAUGGCAUCAGGUGCAAGGACACUGUGUCGUACUGCUGCGGAGUGGCCAAGAUGGUGGAGAAGCAGAUCCAAUGUCAGGGUUACGAACUUCCCACCAUGGUGGUGACUGAGUGUGGCUGCAAGAAGUGUGUGGAGACCAAGGCCAUCGUGCGUGGCCGAGCCGUCGCCGCGGACACCGGCGAGCCAAUGAGGUUCGGCCACAUCUUCAUGAACGGAGUCCGAGUCAGCCGCACCGGCUACAAGGGGACCUUCUCUAUCCAGGUUCCUCCAGACACAGAGAGACUGGUGCUUACUUUUGUAGACAACAUGCAGAAGUUCGUCAACACCACCAAGGUGCUGCCAUUCAACCACAAGGGCGGCGCCGUGUACCACGAGAUCAAGCUGCUCCGUAAGAAGGCCCCCGUCACGCUGCUCUCCACCAACACCAACACGCUGGAGCUGGGGGAGGUGGCCGGACAGGAGCCCAUGGCCUCCAUCGAGGUGCCGCCCAACUCCUUCUUCCGCGAGAACGGCGAGGUGUACGUGGGCAACGUGCAGGCCAGCGUGACGUUCCUGGACCCUCGGGACGUGUCGACAGCCGCCGCGGCCCAGAGCGACCUCAACUUCGUGGGCAGCGAGGGCGACACGCUGCCCCUCCGCACCUACGGAAUGUUCUCCGUCGACUUCCGCGACGAGGAGGCCGGAGAGCCGCUUAACGCCGGCGAGGUCAAGGUGAAGCUGGACGCCAGUCAGGUGACGAUGGCUGAGCACCGUGACAACAUGAUGCUGUGGUCGCUGAACCCUGAGACGGGGCUGUGGGAGGAGGAGGGCCACCUGAAGAUGGAGAAGAAGAGGAGAGGCAAGAGGGAGGAGAGGACCUUCCUGAUCGGGAACAUGGAGAUUCGCGAGAGGAGGCUCUUCAACCUGGACGUGCCGGAGAACCGCAGGUGCUACGUGAAGGUGCGUGUGUUCCGCAGCGAGCGGUUUAUGGCGAGCGAGCAGGUGGAGGGGGUCGUCACCAGCCUCAUCAACAUGGAGCCCACGCCGGGAUACUCAUCCAACCCCCGCGCCUGGGGAAGGUUCGACAGCGUCAUCACGGGCCCCAAUGGCGCGUGCCUGCCCGCCUUCUGCGACGACCAGAAAGCCGACGCCUACACAGCCUAUGUCAUGGCCAACCUGGGGGGGGAGGAGCUGGAGGCCGUGGCCUCCUCCCCCAAACUCAACCCCAACAGCAUCGGGGUCCCCCAGCCCCGCCUCGGCGUGCUCAACUACAAGAGAACGGACCAUGACGACGCGCGGGUCAAGAAGACGGCGUUCAGCAUCAACCUGGCCAAGCCCAGCCCCAACAACGCGGAGGAGGCCAACGGUCCCAUCUACUCCUUCGAGAACCUAAAGGAGUGUGAGGAGGCGCCCUUCAACGCGCCGCACUUCCGCUUCUUCCGCGUGGAAGGCGAUCGCUACGACUACAACACCGUGCCCUUCAACGAGGACGACCCCAUGAGCUGGACGGAGGACUACCUGAGCUGGUGGCCCAAACCCAUGGAGUACCGCGCAUGCUACAUCAAGGUCAAGCUCAACGCGCCGCACGAGAUCAACGUACGCUCCCGCAACAUGGGUGGCACGCACCCUCGCACCGUGGGCCAGCUCUACGGCAUCCGGGACACGCGCAGCAUCCGCGACAUGGAGCAGGGCCCCGCCCUGUCGGCCGUCUGCCUGGAGUUCAAGUGCAGCGGCAUGCUCUACGACCAGGACCGUGUCGACCGCACCCUCGUCAAGGUCAUCCCUCAGGGCAGCUGCCGACGGGACAGCGUUACGCCCAUGCUGCAGGAGUACCUGGUGAACCACCUGCCGCUGGCCGUCAACAACGACACCAACGAGUUCACCAUGCUGGCGCCGCUGGAUCCGCUGGGCCACAACUACGGCAUCUACACGGUGACGGACCAGGACCCGCGCACCGCCAAGGAGAUCGCGCUGGGCCGCUGCUUCGACGGCACCUCCGACGGCACGUCGCGCGUCAUGAAGAGCAACGAGGGCGUAGCGCUGACCUUCACCUGCGGCGACAAGGAGGUCACGCGCACCUCCGUCUUCCAGCAGCUGCAGAACGCCCAGGCAGGGGGCCAGGGGGGUCAAGGGUCGUCGUCCGUGGUGAUGACGUCGGGCAGGAACGGAAACGGGCAGCCGCGCAGCAACAGGAGGCAGAGGGGAGGAGGGGCUUCGGGGAACGGCAGGGGAAACAAUAAUAAUAACCGCAGGCGGAGCACACGCAAUCCGGUCAGGAAUGCUCGCGCCUGAGGUCGCAUCCACACCCACACCCACAUACAGUAAUGGCGCAUUUGGUAAAGCACAAUCGCUUGCGACUGAAAUCACAGCCACAUGCAGAGAUACAGGCACACAUUCUAGCGAUGCCUUUGACAACGCCUACAGCUUAGUACCAGAACAAGCCAUAGUGUAUCCAGGACUGGGAAAGUGCCCACCUGUUUGUCAACCACACACUGCCAAUCAGGCAUA